UGUAAUCUCCCUCUGAAGACCACAGAGAGCAGGGAGAACAAAUUACAGAGAGAGAGAGAGAGGGGGGUGAGGAGGCUGUGCGAGGUGUCACUAAAAUAACAAACUUCACAGGAUUUAAAAGAAGAAAGAAAACAAAUCAAAUCAAGAAAAGAAUGGCUUGAAAGAGGACAGAAACUUUGGAUAUACUUCUUUUCUUGUGGGAGUCGAGUUUCAAGGGCCGUUAUCCUUCGUCACUCCCGCCUGUCGUCAUGGUGGACCUGUUCCUCGACCGGGUUCUGGUGGAAAACAACUGGGACCAGGAUGAACUCAACACGGAGCGGGAGAUCACCGGGAUCCUGGAGAACCGCAUCCUCAUGCUGUUCUUUGCAUGUGCGGAGAGUCAGAAAUGCCAGGAGUUCCUUCCUGCGCUGAACGACUUCUUUAAAAGACUGAAAGAUCCGGCGUACAUUGAAUACCCCAAACUGCUGGCGCUCAUCUACAUCAGCUUGGACCAAUCAGAGGAGCAGCAGGAGAAACUCCUCAAAGAACUGCACAAACGAGUCUUGUUUCUGCCUUUUGAGGAUCCAUACAGAAAAGAACUGCAGACCAUGUUUAAGGUAAAGGAAGUACCGACGGUCGUGGUCCUGCGCCCUGACGGCUCAGUGCUCUCCUCAAACGCCGUGCAGGACAUCUUCCGCUUCGGCUGUGACUGUUUCCGAAACUGGCAAGAAUCGGCGGAGCUCAUUGAGAGGAGCUUCAUGCUCAACGAGGAGUUUGACAACCUUAAUAUGCGUACUGCCACCGACCCCGUGAGGAGGCUCAAGUACAAAACAGAGGACGACAAGAGGAAGAAGAGGUGGUGGAACAUGUGGGGGAAGGGGAAGGGUGAGAAUGAAGAGGAGGGAGGCAAGGAUGAAGCCUGGGAUUCAAAGAGAAAAGAGGGGGUGUAUUGUUGUCUCUAUAACUGCAUCCAAGGAGUCAUCAAGCAACAAGUACACCUGUCGAGAGGCGGGCGGAGGACGUGGACAGGGCAGACGUCCAACACGCCGCAGACAUGCAGCAAGAAGCCAGACGUCACGCUGAGAAAGUGA